AUGAGUAGUGCUGUAAAAAUUGAUCAACUCAACGAGAGUAAUUAUGAAACAUGGAAGAUCCAAGUUGAAGCAGUGUUAAUAAAAAACGACGCCUGGGGAUACGUUAAUGGGAGUAUCAAGAAACCAGCUGAGGUAGCCGAAGCAGCAAAAUGGGAAAUUGGCGAUUCUAAAGCUAAGUCUGACCUAAUUUUAUCCAUAACCCCGAGCGAAUUACGACAUUUGAGAGGUUGUAAGACAUCGCGUGACGUAUGGUUAAAGUUACAGAACAUUCAUGCUUCCAAGGGACCUGCGAGAAAAGCUACGCUAUUAAAAGAGUUGUUACUGCGUAAAUUGGAUGAAGGUGGUGACUUAAGAGAACAUGUCAUGCGAUUUUUCGAUGUAGUAAGCCAAUUAGCGGACAUGGAUAUUGAAAUGCAUGAUGAUUUGAUCUCUAUAAUGCUUCUGUAUAGUUUGCCGUCCAGUUUUGACAAUUUUAGAUGUGCCAUAGAAUCUCGAGAUGCAUUGCCAAAACCAGACGCAUUGAAAAUUAAGAUAUUAGAAGAGGAACAUUCCAGAAAUGUUAAAGAAAGUGUAGAUAAGGCACUUCUUGUAAAAGGAAAGAGAUCUUCUAAGUCUAAGAAACAAAUAGAGCAUCGUCAACACGCAUAUGAUGCCCCUGAGCAGGCUAAUUCGAAAAUUAAGUAUAAAUGUUUCAAAUGUCACCAGCAUGGACAUAAAGCCUCUGAGUGUACACAGAAGAUGAAAGUACAACGUAAUGAUAGUGCAAAAUGUUAAUGCUGUUUGCAACGAGAAUGGAAAUUGGAUCGUCGACAGUGGGUGUACGUCACAUUUGUGCAACGAUACAGAUAAAUUUGGUACUACAUUACUACCGUUGCCCGGUAAGCUAAAUUUAGCGACAAAUUCGAGCACAAACGUACAAGGUAAGGGGACAGUAAGAUUUUCUUCAUGUAAUAAUGGUUCUAAA